AUGGCUAUAACUAGAAGUCAUCGAGAAAAAAUCAACAUGAAAUCAAAUAACGUUACAAAGCAUUUUGAAAAAUAUCAACCUCAAUUAUAUGUAACAAGUAUUUUUAAUCAUACUAUAAUUAGAAAAUUAAUUCCAUCAUCCAAUACAUCUAUUGAACCUACAGUGAAUACAUCAGAAUUACAAAAUGUUAAAUGUUCAAUAUCUGACUCUUAUUCAUUAUUGAAUAAUAACUUUAUUAAUAAUAAUAAUAAUACAUCAUUGAUACCUGAUUAUAAUUUAACACUAACAAAUGAUUGGUCAUAUUUUUUAAAAAUAAAUCUUGAAAAUUAUAUUGAUAAAGCAUAUUUAUUUAAUAUGACUUUAAUACCACAAUUUAAAUUACAUGGUAACAUAAAAUCAAUAAAACAUUUACAUAAUUGUUAUGAACCAUAUUCUAUAAAUCAAUUACAACUAAUUGGUCACUAUCAUAAUCCAAAUAAUAUUGAUGAUGAUAAAUUAAAUGUUAAUUAUAUAAAAGAGUAUUCUAUCAGAGAUAUACCUAAUCAAAAAGAUUGUGAAAAAUUAUGUUGGGCAAUUCGACAACCAUAUUUAUAUAAAAAUGGUGGAUUAUGGUUAUGGGAUAAAAAGUACAAAAUACUUUACGCUGAUUGCAAUCAAACUUUAAUGGCCAUCGAACAAAGUGGCGUAAAUGAAAUGAAUUUGAACACUUUCACAGCAACGCGCCUACAAAGACCAAGUGAACAAUAUUUGAGAUCUGAAGAAGGACUACAUUUUGUCAUGUUAAUUGGGUUUCAUAGACAGGAUCGAGAACAAACCAAAUGUAAUGCUGCCAUAAUGGGUGUGAUGGAUUUAUUAAGGAAAAAAUUGACACCAUAUAGCAUGUAGUAAUUUGUUUUUUUUACCUAAAAGUUUAACUACUACCUUGUUUAUUCAGUAGUAUGCUUUUGUUACAAGAAAUGUAAGUUGAAAUAAUUAGCCUAAAAUCCGAUCGAGCUAGUGGUGUAAUAAGGAAGUGAAAUGUGUGAUUGAGAAGUAACUUUUUCUAGUUCAGAACCAAAACACCUGUUUUAUGUUUUGAUUUAUCUUCACCAUUUAUUUAAGACAAUUUAUAUAGUUGGGUUUUUUUAUUAAGGUUUUUUGUUAUGGGACCGAACUGUUAACCCCAUGCCUAAACUUCUUCAAUUACUUGGGUUUUGGACCGGCUGUAACCAUAGAACGGCCACAGGCGGAGUUAUUUAAGAACUACAAAAAGUAAAUCCGAUCGGGCAUCAAAAUAUUAAUCAAGUAAAAG